UGGGUUAUAUAAUGUGGGUUAGACAGUACCACCACCAGAUGGAUUCGUAACUGGCUGACCAACCUCACUCAACAUGUAGUCCUCAAUGGAACGACAUCCACAUGGAGGGAAGUAUGCAGUGGAGUACCCCAAGGCUCUGUUUUAGGCCCAGUACUCUUCAACAUCUUCAUCAAUGACUUGGACAAAGGGAUAGAUGGGGAACUCAUCAAAUUUGCAGAUGACACCAAGCUGGCAGGAAUAGCCAACACUCCAGAAGAUAGACUCAAGUUACAGAAAGAUCUUGACAGACUUGAACAUUGGGCGCUAUCUAACAAAAGGAAAUUCAACAGUGAAAAAACAAAAAGAAGUGCAGGAUUUGCUUCUGUCAAUUCACAGCAUACAAUAAGAGAAAGAAAUUUUGCAACUUUGUGCAAAUAUGUCAAUAACAGCAAGACAACUUUCUGCAUUGGGUAUGGGGAAGGAUCGGUUUCUCUAAAUCCAUCCAAAAAUCAGAGCAAUUGAUCAUCCCGUGGAUGGUGAAGGUCUACCAUAAGAUUGGCACCAACAAGAGUUGUAUAGUUCUGGAUGCAUGAAUAUAUUGUUUACUGAAAGAUACCAUAAGAUGGCCUGGACACCCAACCUGAAAGGUUCAAGGUGAUCUGGAACCCAGAGAUUGAUUUUCUCAGUAGUGGCCACCUUCCUCUGGAACAGACUGCUCUCCAAGAUUAGAUGUACCUUUACCCUGCUUUGGAAAAUGAGAAAAACAGUCCUCUAUUAGAAUAUGAAAAAUGCAAUCAUGGAACAUAGAAGAGCUGACUCCAGCAGAAAGUAAAUCAAAACCAUGGUGUUUCUCCAACUGUCACCACUACAUGUAACCUUCAGUUCCAGCAAAAUGAUGCUCCAACACCUGGGCCAGGUGUCUGCUUCAGAAGUCAGUGCUUCUGCAAUUAUUCCAUGCUUGUCUCCUCCAGUUUCCCUUGGCUUUGAAGAUUUCACAAAUCUGACCCCAUUGGUGAAAGAGGAAUUAAAAUUUGCCAUCCAGAAUAGGUGCCUUUCUCAGAGGAUGCCGUCUACCUUGGAUACAGUUAUGGUUUCUGAUAGAUCUGAUGAAACUUCUAUUUUUAAAAGAGAGUGUGCACCCCAAGAAGAUGAAAGGAAAAAACGCCGGAGAGAAAGAAAUAAGAUUGCAGCAGCCAAAUGUCGAAACAAAAAGAAGGAAAAAACGGAAUGCCUGCAGAAAGAAUCGGAAAAACUGGAAACUAUCAAUGCCGAACUGAAGGCUCAGAUUGAAGAGUUGAAAAACGAGAAGCAGCACUUGAUCUACAUGCUCAACCUACAUAGGCCCACCUGUAUUGUCCGUGCCCAGAAUGGUAGGACCCCAGAGGACGAAAGGAACCUUUUCAUUCAGCAGAUCAAAGAGGGAAAUUUGCAAGGCUAAACAAUAAUGAGGCAGUGCUCAAGGUUCUUUAGCCGUGCUUCUUACCAUUAAAACAACAACUUGCCAUCCCAAGUCAGAAGCCAUGGAGAAGAAAUUUCAGCAUUUGUGGCCUCCAUUGACUCAAGAGAAAAUGGAUCCGACAUGAUUUUGCUGAGAAGAAAGAACUAUGGUAGUUUAGCUUCAGCUUUCCCUAGCAAAGUCUCAGUUGGGUGGAAGUGAGCCACAGCCUUUGCUCCAGGUCUAAGCAGCUGCUACACUUGCUAUCCUAGAAGCAGUAUGACUCUAAACUUGUUAAACUCCUGCUGGCAUGCACUUGCAAUGUUUCUGGUAGGGCCGAAGGGUUCUCUAUGAUGCACAACUGAUGAACUGCCAAGCUGAAAGGAUUCCACUCGCUAGGUAGGGAAUGUAGGUGGACUGGGUUUUGUUUUGUUUUGUUUUGUUUUAUACUUUCAAAGAAAAGAAGUUAGCAACUUCCAGAAUGUUCUUUUUAGUUCCAAAAGGCAUUGCAGUAUAAUGGGAAUUGCUAUGUUUCUACAACUAAUACAAGAUCUAACUUGGGCACUGCACUUUGUUAAAACAUGCUUUCAUAAAAGCCCUUCUGUGGGUUUUUGAUGACUCAACUUAGAGGUGAUUGUGGGACAAUGUGAUAAGCUUCAGUGUAUUGCAGAAUUGCUCACCGAAUUAAGACUCAAUAUAUCAAACUGGAGCAUUACCACUCUUGGCUUACUUUAAGAAGGGGGAAUGUCCCUUUCAAAACUCAAUGAGUCACAUGCAGUAUUCAAAAGACUGUUAUACAACCAUGGUAUAAUCACUAGAGAUGUAGAAGUGUAUGCCUUCCUGACCUGUAAUUUAUCUUGUCCUUGAUCUUGUUCUUACAAAUGUUUCCUUGGCACAAUCUUUUUCAGAACCAGAGAACGUAAUUGCUGGCAAUUUACAAAUAUUGAUUUAUAUGUAGACAUUGAUUAAGUGAAAACAUUAUCCACCAAUGAAGAUUAUGGCACAGCUAGGAAUAGAGAUGAAAAAGUACAGUAAAGGUGGGCUCUGUGGUUUUGGACUUGCUUUGAUGGAAUGCUUCACAUCAGAAAAGCAACACUAUUCUUUUCAUGAGGCAAGGUGUUAGAAUUCUCUUUGGUGAGCCUGGAUUUGGGGUUGCCUUGAAUCCUUGUCUGGCAGAUCCAUGAGUCAGAAGAAACUUCGAGUCAGCUCCUGGCAGCACCAGGAGAAGCUUGUACAUGCACAGAAAUGUCUUUCAUCUAAUGAAUCUGUCAGAGAAAAUAGUCAAAACCAAUAAAAUGAUAUAACAUGGCCCUUUUGCUUUUAAGAAACGGGUCAGGGGAAUGCCACUCUAACGGGAUAUUUUACUGAUAGUAUCUCUUUGAAGACUGGUGAGGUAGUAGCCCAAGAACCUUGACUACUUCUUAAGAACUUCAGAGUAAGCCCAGGAGAUACUUCUUUCAUCAUUCUGUAAAGUAGUAGAAGCUAGUACUGGAGGCUUCCUAGUUGUAUUUAAGCCAGCUGCUGAGUCUCAAUCCAUGUUGGGCUGAUAUAUGGACAACAAAAUCUGGAUCUUCUUAAAAUUAUGGGAGCAUACCUUAAAACCAGCAUUGGCCUUCCAUAUAAUCAAAAGUAAAUGUUAAACAAUAAAGAUAGUAGUCUGUUUAACUGGCAAUGUUAACUUUUAGCUUAAACUUCUUAAAGUGCUCUUCUGCAGGUCAUUCUUCUAGAUAUGUAACAGCUCUGAAUUUCCAACCAGCAUGAUCAAGAGACAAUGCACACUAGGCGUUAUGGGAGUUAUGAGAGUAUUUCUUUUGGAUGACCAAUGCAUUAUUUCUAAGAUUCUGUUAUCCCUGGGAGGUGCUAUGAUUGUAUUAUUCUUACUGUUUUCAGCUGGAGGAAUGACUGGCUUAGAGCAGUGUUUCUCAAUCUUGGCAGAGUUACAAUGGGUAGACUUCAACUCUCAGACCUCUGGAAGUUGAAGUCCACCUUUCUUAAAACUGUCAAGUUUGAGAAACACUGGCUUAGAGUGACACAUAUGGUAAAAUGUUCUAAAGCUGUAAUUAGGUGAAGCUGUAAUUUUGAUGUGGGAGAUUCUGUCCUGAUGAAUUAUAGCAACAAAGGACUGAGGAGGAGAAUGUUCCCACUUUUGCUCCUUCACACUCUUAAACUGAAGGUUAAACUGAAAUGCAGAAGGUUAAAUCUGGGACUGCUUGCAUAGGGAGCAGAUGCUAUGAUUCCUCCCUUAUUCCCAAUAGAUUUCUUCACAGAUGAACUUUCUGGUUGAAGUCCUGACUGGGAUAAAACCCCAAGCGCAAUCCUUUAGUUGUCUACACAUAUGACAAAUUUGAACAGUGCCAAUCAUUGUAAUGCAGAAGUGAUGGGCAGGGAGGAUUAAUAUGCCAUAUGCCUUGUUCAAAAGGCCAGUCUCAGUUCCCAGGCUUUUCAGUGAGGAUCUCUGCAUAUCCCUAAACAGAACAAGAAUAUUGUGUCUCAGAUUUUAACAAUUCAUAUUUAUAAUAAAAAAUAAAUAAAAUUGAAUCGGGAAGCCUGUUCGAUGUUGAAUAUCAUUUUAGAUCUCAAAUUCUGGAAAAUUGAAGGAUUUGUUUUCAAAACCUGUAUUCUUCUUUACAAAUUUCAAAAGAAUACAAAAACAAAAUUACAAAAAUUAACAAAAGUUCAAAUGUUUUCUGAAAUUCUAAGUUAUAGAAUUUAAAUUGGAGAACUCAAGUUUUUAAUUCUGCAAUUUUUGCUCUGGAAGAAACUUGAUUUAAAAAAAUGGCACAUUCAGUAGAACCUCUGAUCACGAACGCUUCUGCCCAUGACCAAAUUGUGUUCCGACCAAAAAAUUCACAUUUUUUUUUCUGCGACCAAUUUCCCCUUCCGUGCCUUUUUUUUUGGUUUUUUUUUGUAAAUGCAAACCAAUUUGUAAAACAACCAAAUCGGUUUGCGAUCAAAGUUAUGGAACGAAUUAAGGUCGUGACCAGAGGAUCUAUUGUACUUUUUUUUAAAAAGAAAAUUGCUCAACUCUUUUAGGUAUAUUAAAUAAUAUUUGCAUGUUUUAGUCUUUGAGAUCUAUUUUCUUCAAUGACAGAAUUGAAGUAGACUUGCAAAAAGCUUGCAAAAAGAAUACUUUGUCCAAGCAUUACUUCUGUUAAAAUUUAUAUGCAUGUACAAUCCUCAAACAGCAACAUCAAAAUGUAGACUCUCAGUCUUGACUAGUUUAUUUCUUAUCUCACACUAAUUUUUACAUUCUGCAACAGAAGUAUUUGAUAUGCUUUCAAUAAUCUGGAUAUAUUGUUAUGUCCAUUACAUUACUGUGUUCCAAAUACAUAUAUAUUUCAUGUAACCAAAAUACAAGGAAAUGGGCCAAGAUCUGUCUCUUUAGAGAAAUAUUUUUUUUUCCAGCAUCCAAAAUGGCUUUUUCUGAAGGUUUUUUGAUCACCAUAUUUGACAAUAUAUCCCAGUGGCCUUUGUAUAUCAAUUCAUUGACUAAACCUUAUAUGAAGGGGUAUUAUAUAACUGCUAACUUCUAGCAGCUGAGUAAAUUGGGUUUAUUUAACAAUGAUUCUAUGGACCUCUGCAGUUAUAUAUGAUUAUACAGCAUAUAACCUUCUGUAACUGUUGUUGUCUCUGAAAGCAUUCAUUUAAGGUAGAUGCUGUGAACUGAAUCCAAAAAUGAAAAGUGGAAGGAAAUAUAUAGCCUGUGCUUCAAAGGGCACAGAAGAAUAUCCCAAUAGGCUCCGUCAUUAGGCCAGAACAGAGAGAGUGAGAGAGGCACUUUAAAAAAAAAGAGGAAAGAGACCUGGAAAUUAUCCAUGCCCAAUUAAUCCUCAAGCAGCAGACCAAGCUACUACAUGAAGGAAUUAGUUCAAAUCCUCCCUAUUCCAGUGAGAUGCACUGUAUUAUUACUUACACGCUAGGAAUGGUUUCCAAAUGUUUGCUUCUGCAUAUAAAUUUGCAUAUAUGUCAGCCAAUCUUGUAAGCUCCUUUGAUUUUUUUCUUGUUUGUAUGGGUGGGAGUUGAUAUAUUUGCUUUGAUGAAUCUUCUAGUCAUCCUAUCCCAGUUUUCACAAUUACAGUAUAUUUCUUCUACUUUGGAAGAACAUCUCAGGAUUUGCUUUCAUUUUGUUUAAUUAAUGAUCUAGAAUCUCAUAGAUAUAUGGAGUAGACUUUUUGUAAGCAGAAGGUAGCUUCCACUUCUACGAAGACUCUCUGAGUUUAAGACCUUCUCAAGCUAACAAAAGUUACCUUCAAUGUUAACACAAUAUAAUACUCCAAAAGGCAUUUACAGACCCAUUGUCCAUAUAUUUCAGCUGUUUCCAAAAGCCAUCCAAAAAAACAAAGAAGUAAUUUCUGAUGCUGUUUUAUGUAUUAUGUUCUAUAGACCAUUUCAUGAGAGAAUUAAGAUUUUUCCCUUAAAUAUUUUUCUAUGCGUGUUUGAUAUCCUAUUUAAAAUGACGCGGGCGUCAUGUUGCUGCUGCUGCUGCUGCUUCAAGUUACACAAAUGUUGUUAACUAGCAUGCCAAAUGUUUACUAAGGCGCUGCUACCUUUGUCAAAGAUAUUUCUUUUUUAGCUGUGGCUGCACGUUAAUUCAUUUGAGUUUGGAGACAGCAUGUGCCUCAAGAUGGUACAACAGUAUAUUUUUUUCAUCGCUUGAGAGAAUAAUGGACAGAAAGACUGAAAUAUUCUGUAAUCCUAUUCUAUUUUCAGGACUGUACUCUAAUGAGCCCUAUGUCAGAAAAAAUCCACCUGAUGUAACUUUGCCUGUUUGUAAUGACUGUAGAUGUGAUCAUGGUGGAAUUUUUCUUAUUAUCUACAAGAACAGAUACUGUUCUUUGGGGUGGUUAGGAGAUAUUUGAAUGGGAGAAGUGCAUGAAUGUAUUUAUCUAUUUUUAUGUGAACAUUUAAUAAUACAAUAAAGAUGGUUUGUUUUUUUAUUAAGUUUUAUGUUUUGAUACUUUCAUAAUAAUAAAGACUAAUGUGUGUUUUCUCCUA